AUGGAACAAGAAACUAAUUAUAUCUUCUUUGGUUCCACGGGGAUGACAGGGUUCACUACCCUUACAAACUUAUUAAACAUAAACUCAUAUUUACAAGCAAAAGAUCCCCAAUCCGCAAUUGAUAAUUUACCACAAGAUUUCCAAUGGCAAGCUUGUGAUGAUUCAUUAGAUUUAUAUUUAGUUAAAAAUAUUUUUUGUAUCAAUAGAAGAUUCUUCGAUUCUCCAAUUUAUUUAGAUGAGAAAAUUAUUUCUUCGAAUAUUUCAAUCAAUUAUAAAGAUAAAACUUUCGAAUUACAAUUUCAAUCAAAUACAAAUUCAGUUUCAAAUAAUAUUACUGAACAGAAUGAAUUGAAAUUACCUUUAGUAUCAACAGAUUGUCUGAGAUACUUUAUCGACACGGGGAAUAUUCAAUUGGAAACAACCCCUGGUAAAGAAAAUCAAAUUUUAACCACUGAUGAAGUUUGGUAUCAUUUCAAUCAACAACUUUGUCAAUUGAAUUUUAAGCAAAUAAAUUUAAAUGAAAAUGAAAAUGAUAAUGAUAAUGUACAAGAAAAAUUCAUUAAAUUGAAUUAUAUUAUUAAUAUUUAUCAAUUUGUAUUACCAAAAUCAGAUACUUGGUUAGAAGUUUUACCAAAUAUUUUUAAACCAACUACAAUUUUACAUUCUAAAAUUAAUUGUACUUGGAAUUAUAUUGAUCAAUUUACAAAUGAAAAAUCAAAUAUCGUUUUACCAAAAUUAGAAGAUAUUCAAGUAAUGAUUUGUACUUUAGGAACAAAUUUAUUAUGUGAUCAAAAAAAAAUUGAUUUUGAUUUAACUUUCCAAUUAUCAAAUUGGUUUUCUAAUAGAUUAGGGAAAAAAUUAGUCAUUGUAACUGCAUUUAAUAAUUCAUUACUUUCCAAAACUUUUAAUUAUUUCAAUGUUAAAAAUCAAUUGGAAAAGAGUUUAAAAUAUGACCUAGAUUUCCCCUUGGGUGAAUUAGUCAUUUUACGACCAGGUCCUUUACUUGGUACUCAUGUUUUAAAUCCAUCUGAAGAACAAGCUGUGGUUUUAAAUCAUUCAACAAAAAUAUUAAAACAACUUUGGUUUUAUAAAACUUUUUUUUCAAAUCACAAAUGUUAA